UUCAGGUAGAAAUUACGAAAUGCAGCAAGCGUUUCCAUGGACGAGCUGCUGUGACCAGCUCAAGUGUUGGGUACCUCCGUUUCAAUCAGUUUACGGGCUGAGAGUGCAUUGCUUCAGAAGAGGAAAGGCUUUUUGUUCAGUAGAGUGCCGAGAGGAUAGUGUGUACAGCUACCGUGGCUUCCAUAAAGAUAGAGUUACUGAUGGCCUACAAGCUGGUAUUAUUUCUUGUCGACGAGUGCGUUCAUGGAUUUGUUUCGCUCAAGGAAAUAAAGGAGAUAAGAAUCAAGGAGAGCAGCCCAAGACAUGGAAGAAAACAGCCAAGAGAGGAAGUUCUCUGAAGGCUGUUAACCUUAUCAAAUGUAUAGCCAAUCUCUCAGACUGCAAGGAAGAUAUAUAUGGUGCAUUGGAUGCUUGGAGUGCUUUCGAAGUCGACUUUCCGAUUGAACCCGUGAAAAAGGCUCUGAGGAUUCUUCGAGAUCAGUGGCAAUGGAAGCGUGUGAUCCAGGUUUCGAAAUGGAUGCUGAGCAAAGGACAUGGCAAGACAAUGGCAACUUAUCAGCUGCUGAUAGUGGCACUGGAGAAAGAAGACCGCAUCGAGGAAGCCGAGGAAGUUUUCCACGGUGUCUUUCGGAGAUACUUGGACGCGCUUCCCCGUUCACAUUUUUCUCUUAUGAUGGGGAUCUACAACCGAGCUGGCAUGUAUGAAAAGCUGCUAGAUCUCUUUGCAGACAUGGAAGAACUCAACGUCAGACCGGAUCAAGGAUUAGUUGAAAUGGUUGCGGAGGUCUAUUUCAAAGUCGGCAUGCCAGAAAAGAGCGAGAAGGUGCGAGAAAAGUAUCCCCUGCGGCGGUAUGAGUAUCGUUAUCUCAAAGGGAGGCGUAUCAGAGUUCCUACGAAGCGACUCUAUCCCGAGCUGAGACUUACAAAACCAUCUCAAGAAGCCGAAAGUGGUGGUGAUGGCGAUGAUCUUUCAGCACAAGAACAAGAACAAGAACAAGAAGAAGAGGAAGAGGAAGAACUUCAAGGAGGAGGACUCGAAGAUAUCGAAGAAAACGAAGAAGUGAUCGUCUCUAGUGCCAACGACGAAGAUGAACUGGAAUUGCCCGAUAAAAUGGAAGAAGAUGGAGAGCUCCUCGAGAGAGUCCUAUUGGGGGAGCCUGUGGGAGAAGAGCUGCUAGAGACCAAGUGGCAAGAACAGCAAAUUCUUCAAGCAAAGUGAGUGAACUUUCUUUCUGCCGGUUUAUGGAAAGGAAGCAAUGCAUUGAAGCAA